AUGGCCGCGCGGGACUGGUUGGACGCCGUGAAGCGUGAGGUUAGGGGCAUGCUCUUGCCGGGACAGUCGGAAAGGGUUGCCACACCACCCCCGGGCGACUCACCGGCCUUCGACGCCGUCCGGAGGCAGGUCGACGUGCUCUCUACCACUAUCUGGCCUCCCUCCCUCACCGCGCCAGGGUCCUCGGUGAGCAUCGAGACCCAUAUUGUACUUGCCCCGACAUCAACAUCAAGCCCGACAACGCCUACCCAGCUUGUGGUAGCCAGCACGACAGCGAGUGCAAUCCGACCGUCCGCGACAGCUGAGUCGGGCGAAAGCGACAGCGGAGAGAUGAGUGUGGCCGCCAAGGCCGGCAUCGUGAUCGGUGUGCUGGGCGGCAUCUUGAUCGUGGGUCUGUUGGUGUACUUGAUGGUCAGCAUGCGGCGCAGGAAGCUGGAGAGGCGGAAACAGCAGAUCGAGGACGACGAGAAGAUCAACGGGCCGUUCGCCGACAGCGCCGCCAUCAAGCCAUUGCCGACGACCCCCAACAGGGCCCCUCGACUGAGCCUGCGGCCCGUGACGCAGUUCCUGCCAAACUUCCAUUCCCAGUCCCAGGCCGAGCGGAGGGCCAGCCGCGGCAUCGCGCUGACGCUCAAUCCCGUCUCGCACUCGCCCCUGAGCCGGCCCAACGGCGGCAGCGCCUGGGAGCGCCCGACGGUGCGCUCGACAACAACCGGCCCCAACGGCGACCAGCGCGCCGGUACCAGCAUGAGCCUGCACCCUCAUAACCCGUUCCACGACAAGAACGAACUCCCAGACGAGCCCGUCAGCCCCGUCAGCUCGAUGGGCUCCUUCGAUCACCGCGUUGGCAUGGCCACUGCAACCGACUCGAUCCCCGAACCCGUCUCGCCCAUAAUCGGCCAUGACGACGACGAUGACCAAUACCGCCACCAUCAGCAGCACCACCAACCUGCCGCUGCUUCUAGCCUAACCCGCAAGGCCUCGAUGCGCAAGGACAUCCCCAAGCCGUUGGACCUCACAAAACCGCCUUCCCCGUUAUAUGCGGUGCCGCCCAGCCCGGCUGGGACAGAAUACUCGGUGCACUUGAUGGCGCCAGGUCAGAGCCCCGGUCCGUCCGCCAGUGCCGCAGAAAUUGCUGCGGCCGGCGGGCCGACGCAGUCGACGGUCCACCGCGUCCAGCUCGAUUUCAAGCCGACACUGCAGGACGAGAUGGAGCUGCGCGCGGGCCAGCUGGUUCGCUUGUUGCAUGAAUAUGACGAUGGCUGGGCCCUCUGCAUCCGACUAGACCGCUCCCAACAAGGCGUCGUCCCGCGCACCUGCCUCUCCACACGGCCCGUGAAACCCCGUCCGCAGCCCGGCCCCGGCGGUCCCCAACAACAAGGCGGCAACCCCCGCGGCGGGCCGCCCGUCAACCCUUCCUUCCACCACUAUCAGAACCAAACACAGCAACAAAGCAGAAACGGAGGCGGACGCCGCCCCGCCUCGCCUUCUGGCGGGAAAUUCCCGCCUGUGCCGGUGGCGAAGGAUGAGCGGUGGGGGAGUGGGAGUGGGAAUGGAGGAGGAGGAAGGCUUACGAGCCCUAGUUCUGGUGGUGGUGGUGGUGGUGGUGGAAGGGGCACGUGGUGGAGGACUUCUGUUGAGGAGGGGGGUUUUGGGGAUGGGAACCCUGCGCCGGGGCAGGCAUAUUAA